CCUUGGUGGGGGUCUGUUUUCCGGGACCAAUAUAGAUUGAAAUGUGAGAGUCUGAUCAGAGGGAAGGGACAAAACGGAGGAGCCGCCCAUAUCUUCAUUUCAUUUAUUACUUCUCUUUACCCAUACAUCUUCAUGUUCUGCAAUAUUAGAACCUCUUAAAUCUCCUGAAGUACCCGCAUUUAAUGCUUUUUUUUUUGCUCUCUCACUACAUAUAGACCGCUACCAUUUCUACUAGCUACCAGCUGCCAACAUACAGUUAUCUUUAGUUUCUAUCUAUCAACCUUUCGAGCUUUUGAGACUACAUUUCUUAAAAUGUCACUCCAUUCUUGCCUUCUUCUUUUCCUUCUAUGCCUUUCUUUGCACGCAUGUAAUGCCCGGCAUUUUCGUGCAGUUGACAACAAUCUGGAAAAGAAAAUUAUCCACUUUUCCAACGAGAAUGAUGAGAAGAUGGGUUUUGAAUAUGAGAUUUCAGCUCUAUCAAAGGUGAAGUCUUCCCCGGCAAAACAACAUGGAGAGGCAAAAAGAGGUAGCAUAGAUGGAAACCCCUCAAAUGACAGUACUACUGAUGAUAAAAAGCGAAAAGAGACAAUUACAAACCAGAAAGUUCCUAGAGUGGAAGGAAAAACUCCAGUUUCUGUUCAAACUGAGUCUCUUGCAUCGGUUUCUUGGCGUGUGCCUCACAAGAAACCCAGUGAAAAGAAUCCCGGGUUCAACUUGGACUAUUCACCACCAAAGACACACCCUCCUUCUCACAACUGAGCAACACUUCGAGAAAAAAGGAAAAAAUCAGAAGCUCCCUAAUUAACUUCUUGUUUUUCUCUGCUUGAAGAGUAUCUUUCUCCUCUAUCAUCCGACCAGAGUCGGAGAACCAAGGUAUCACUGAAGAUCAACUUGUUACGGUCUCGCUUAUCCUAGGCUCAAGUAUGUAGUCUUGCCAUGCAAGCGCAUAUAAAUAUAGCACCUUAUUAUAUAUGGCUGUAAAACAUAGGCUAGCUCUUAGAUUUCAUGUGUUAAACGCCUUUUUUUUUCCUCUACUAAUGUA